AUAUUGGAGCGAACGAAGAGGAGAUCUGUUCGAAAUCCAGUGAUUUGCACAUAUAUAUUUUCACAAAACGUACAUUAUAAUAUACUUUCACUGCCUUGGAUCGCAUUGUGUUCGUGAUUUAUUAUAAACGUUCAUUCGGGUGGCAACAUGUGAAGGUCGAACGAGAUCGUCCAAAUUUUCGGUUUUGCACGUUCUGAAAAUGGUUAACAUCGAUGAAAGAUUGCGCUCUAAUCCAAAUCAUUCUCGCUUGCUUAUUCGCAUUCGGCAGAAGUGCCAUCGAAUUCCCGGAAUCGAAAUCAACUACAAAACUGCCGUUAAACAGCCCCUCGACCGAGGAUAACGACAAAGAUUUAAUCACUUCUGCCAGCGAUCGAAUUUCAUUGAUUCCAGCGUUUCACAUUAGCAAAGAAUAUGGGCAACCUGGAGGGUACGGAGGAAGUAGCCCAUAUGGAAGUUACCUUGGUCUUAGCGGUUCGAUUUAUGGACCUGGUAGUGCGUAUCGUGGAACAAGCUGGGGCCCAGGAUACCUAAAUCCGAACUAUGGAGGCUAUUCAGCGGGUGGCUAUCCAGCGGGUGGCUAUCCAGGUGGAAUUAUUGGGGGAGGCCAUAUAGGAUAUGGCUAUUAUGGAAAUACUGGAUACUAUCCUGGAUACAACAGUGGUUAUGGUGGAUACGGUGGAUACAACAGUGGAUAUGGAAGCACAUUAGGCUAUGGCGGUUAUGGGUAUGCACCUGGUGGUUAUAGUCCGGUCUACAAUGAUGGAUAUCUUGGUUACGGAAAAGGUAACUACGGAACAGGAUAUAGCGGAUAUGGAACGGGGUAUAACGGAUACGGAGGAUCAAGUUAUGGAUCAUCGUACAAUUUGAGAAGUAACUACGAUCCGUAUGGAUAUCGUAACACCAAUUAUGGAAGUUAUUCCGGUUAUCCAUCCGGUUACAGAGGUUAUUCUUAAAGUCUAUCUUUGAGAAUUGAACGAGAAUGAAUUGUAAUAUUUUUUAUAAUAUUUUUUUCUUUCGUCGUUGUCGUUUUAAGGAAGAUAUUAUAAGACGAUCAUAACAACAGUAUUUGCCAAUACCAGUUUAACUGUUAAUCUUUUAAUUAACGCGAUAGAUUGUAAUUUUGUAUUCGUAUCAAUAAUUUUGUGUAAUUUAUAUGUAUAUUAAUUAAUAAUGAUGAAUAAAAUUAUAAUUCGUUUGGAAUUAUGAGGAGGAUUUCUACUUUAGAAUUAAUUGUGUUUGAUUAAAUGUUGUGUUGAAAGAAGAUCUAAAAUGUUUCAUGAUUAGUUUUAUUUAAUAAAAAAAAUACAUGAUUCAUGCUUAUAAGGAACAUUGGAUGAACGCAAUAUCAAUAUGUACAAUUAUAUAUAAUUUAUUGAAAAUUUCGUCGAUCUCUAUGCUACAGAAAAAGAUACAUAUUAUACGUAUCUUAUAUCCAAUGUACAAAUAUAAUUAUUUCCUUAAAAUAUCGAGCAUGUACAGUUAAAUAUUAAUUCAAUUUUUAUAAAGUAUAUCUAUAAUUUGGAAA